UUUGCCUCAUCCAGCAGGCUCUUAUGUUCUUAAAAGCUUUAAAAUCAACGGAAACCCUUAUUUUGAAUGGAAAAAAGGGGGGAAGGACUUAGAAAGAGGACAAACCACCAUCUUUUCUCCUCACUUUUGUUGAGAGGGGAUGAGAUGUAUGCUACUGUCUAAUCAGAGCGGCACUAAUAUUCUACAUCUCUGCAUUGUUUUCUGUGAACAACACUCUUUUCAAUUAUAUUCAAAGUCUUCUCGGAAGAAAAGAUCUGCGUGUGAGCUUGUACAUGAUAAAGUCUACGGUUCCAAGGAACAAACCGGAUCACUGACUAAGUAGCCGGAAGGAUAUUGAGGUAGAACCGGAACUCUUUGGACUUGGGAGAGAACCCCGGCGCUUUGAUAGCAGAGCACUCUUGGCCGGAAGUAGCUGAGUUCCGCGUGGUCGCAGUAAAAGGAGUCGGGUGAAGAAGUGAGCGCCAUGGGGAGGCCUACCAAAACUAAGAACCAGAAGAAAGAGCGGGCAGUUGCCCAGCAUCGGUCUCAGGAGGAGUAUGGCUCUGUACCUCACUCCUUUGUUUUUCACCGUGGUAGCAUUGGCAAGAACUUGCAGCAGCUUAUCUUAGAUGUUCGGCGGGUGAUGGAGCCCUACACUGCCACCAGCCUUAAGGUGCGCAAGAAGAACUCUCUGAAAGACUUUGUGGCAGUGGCUGGACCUCUUGGUGUGACCCACUUCCUCGUGUUCACAAAAACUCCCACCAGUAUCAACCUUAAACUCUUCCGUCUCCCUGGUGGGCCAACCUUGACCUUCAGAGUCAUACAGUAUUCGCUCAUCAAAGAUGUUGUGUCAUCCCUGAAGCGGCACCGGAUGCACGAGCAGCAGUUCACCCACCACCCGCUCCUGGUGCUCAACAACUUUGGCCUUCAGGGCAUGCACAUCAAGGUCAUGGCCACCAUGUUACAGAACAUGUUCCCUUCCAUCAAUGUCCACAGGGUAAACCUUAAUGCCAUCAAGCGUUGUGUACUGAUCAACUACGAUGCAGACACCCAGAUCCUCGAAUUCCGUCACUACAGCCUGAAAGUGGUGCCUGUCGGGAUAAGCAAAGGGCUUAAGAAGAUCCUGCAGGAGAGGUUUCCCAACAUGAGCCGCCUGGAGGACAUCAGUGAACUCUUGGUUAGAGACAUUAACCUUUCUGAGAGCGAAGCCGAGCAAGACGGCAGUCACAACAUCAUGGAGCUGCCUCAGGCCUACACUGGCCGGGGGAACAUGAAAGCCCAACAGAGCGCCGUCCGCCUCACCGAGAUUGGCCCCCGAAUGACCCUGCAACUGAUCAAGGUGGAGGAAGGGUUAGGCCAGGGCAAUGUGCUCUAUCACAGCUUCAUUCACAAGACAGAGGAAGAGAUCCAGGAGGCCCUGGCCCGGAAAGAGGCCAAGCUACAGCUCAAGGCUGAGCGGCGCCGUAAGCAGGAGGUGGAUGUGGAGCGCAAGCAGGAGCAGAAGCAGGCGCACAGGAAGAAGAGCCUGGAGGGGAUAAAGAGGAAGAAGCAGCAGGCAGAGGGAAGCGACAGUGAUGCAGAGGACCCUGGGAUGCAGGAGGACCAGAAUAUAGAUGAGCCAUCAGACGAUGACAUGGAGUAUUACCGGCAGGAAGUAGGAGAAGAGCCUGAUGAAGACCUCUUUCCCCAAAGCACUCAGAGGAAACGAAGGCCCAGCCAAUCUGCCAAUGCAGGGAAAAGGCACAAAUACACCCACUCCACAGCUGACCAGAGCCCAUUGUCUGCAGGAACCAAUGUCAAGGCAAAGGAAAGAAAGACCUCGCGGCCCAGGCAGGGGCGUCAGGAGCCAAGAGACUCUCCUCAGCAGCACAAGGGGGGCCCCCUGAGCCAGCAGCAGAGGGACCCUAGCAACUCCUCAAGGCAUCCCAGAGGGCCACACAAGGCCAAGCGGAAGCGACUGCAGGCCUCAGGGCAGCACCGAGCCCAGUGGCAGCCAGGCUCACGGCCUCUGGGCUCCCGAUGGCAGGGCAAGUCCAGACUGGGUCGGAAGCAGGCGGCCAAGGGGAAAGGAGGCUUCAGAAAGCUGGGACGUCCAGGGAAGAAAAGGCCAGCCUAGAGCCCUCAGCUACUCUCCCUCGCUUGGCUUUAGAUGACUAUUUAUGAAAUACAUGUACUGACUCUUGGGACUGGUAGGGCAGAAGGGAAGAGCGGCCAACAGUAGGUAGAGCCAGAGCCAACGAUAGGCAGAGCCAGUUCUAGUUUUGUCCCCAUCCCCCUCCUCCCUGCUGAGUCCUCGAAUGGCAACACUGAGACUAAGGAGGAGGGAGCUAAUGGGCAAUGCCAUCCCCUGGACUGCUUGUAAGUAAGAAGACAGGCAGGUGGGGCCGACCGGGAGGAAGCUCAGAUUGAUGGGGCAACUGUCCCAGUCGCCCUAAUCAGCCAGCCUGCUUUCUUCACACAGCACAUAGUUAGGCACUAGGAGCAGAUGUAGUAUACACGUUUUGAAAGGAGUUAUACGUAUCCUCCCUGAAUCUGUCCAUCAGUGACUACUAAGCAUGAUAACUGUGUACUGCCUCCUUUAUUGGAGGCAGUAUGCCUUGGAAUACUAGCUGCUGGAGAACAACGGUGGGGGAGGGCUAUUGCACUCAUGCUCUGUCUGGGGGGUCCCCACAGGUGUGUGACUGACAAGUGUGAGAACAGAAUGCUGGGCUGGGUAGGCCUUUGGUCUGAUCCAGCAGGGCUCGUAUGUUCCUAACUAGGCAGCCUAUGAAGGUAUAAUUCCCUGACUGGUUCUGUCCCCUUCAUCCUCUCCCAUUCUACUCCUCUUUGCUCUUUUCUUUAAAAGAAAGUUUUGUCAAAUUUGCUCAUUGAAAUUACUUUUUAAAUAUCUUCUGACACUCCUUGAAACGGGAUAGGGGACCAGUGACUUCCAAAGGUUGUUGGAUUCCAGCUCCCGUCAUAAUCCCUGGCCAUUGUCCACGCUGGCUGUGGCUACUGGGAGUAUUUUUUUUUAUUUAGUUUAAUUUAUAUACCGCCCUAAGCCCGAAGGCUCUCUGGGCGGUGUACAAAAAGAUAAAAACAAGCACAAUAUAUAAAUACAAUAAAUCAAAAACAAACAAACAAACAAACAAUAACGAACCAAACAACAUCCAAAAUACGGAAAUGUUGUUUAAAAUACACUUUAAAAUGCCUGGGAGUAUAAAAAGGUUUUCACCUGGCGCCGAAAAGAUAGUAGCGUCGGCGCCAGGCGCACCUCAUAAGCAAGACUGUUCCACAGUUCAGGGGCCACUACUGAAAAGGCCCUGGUUCUAGUCAUCACCCUCUGAGCCUCUCGAUGGGAUGGUACUCGGAGGAGGGCCUUAGAUGUUGAGCGCAGUGUACGGGUAGUUUCAUAUUGGGAGAGGCGUUCUACCAGGUAUUGUGGUCCCAUGCCGUGUAGGGCUUUAUAGGUCAAAACCAGCACUUUGAAUCUAGCCCGGAAACAAAUAGGAAGCCAGUGCAGACGGGCCAGAACAGGUGUUAUAUGAGCGGACCUUCUGGUCCACAUCAACAAUCUGGCCGCUGCAUUCUGGACUAGCUGUAGUUUCCGAACAGUCUUCAAGGGCAGCCCCACGUAGAGCGCGUUGCAGUAGUCCAAUCUAGAAGUUACCAGAGCAUGAACAACUGAAGCGAGGUCGUCACUGUCCAGAUAGGGACGUAGCUGGGCUACCAAUCGAAGAUGGUAAAAAGCAUUCCGUGCCACCUGGGCCUCAAGAGACAGGGAAGGAUCGAAAAGAACUCCCAAGCUACGAAGUCCAACAACGUCUAGAGGGCCACCAAUUUCCCAUCCCUGCCUUAGAAGGUGGGGAGAGUGAAGUACACAAAGGUUAUGUGUGCGUUCCCCUUUGAGGAUACCAGUUUUCCCCCCAAAAGCUGUUGGUAUCUGAGCAUGUUGAUACCAGGAUGAGAUUCCAGGAGCAAAUCUCAAUUGUUUUCAGAUCUCAGAAAUAUUAUUUACAUCCAUGAAAGGAAACAGCUGCUUAGUCAUGGUCACUUCACACAUUCUCCAUAGUUGUGGUCUUUUUUGGAAUUCUGAAAGCACUGGCUUUCGAAAUCAUUGUAAGAACGAGUCUUCUAGCUCUCGUGGGGAACAAUGAUGUCAGUGGCUCAUUUCAGGCAUCAAGUCAAACCAUGAUUAACAAAGCUUGACAUAAUACUCACUUAUUAAAACAGUCUACCAGAGAGGUCUUUAGGCAGAUUCCUCUCUUUCAGCUGAGCAAAACAAGGUCAAAAAGCACUUUUUCAGCUACAGCUGUAUCUCCCCAUUAGCAAGGAUUUUUUUUGUUCCUCUUGGUCAAAAUCAAAUCUUGGAGGAGUGGAAUGGUGAGAACCAGAAAUUUAGAUUUUUAUAAUAUGAUAAAUGCUGCUCUGAAAUGGGCGAUAACAAACAUCCUUGACUAUAUUUGCACCACAUUUAGAAUAUUUCAGUCCAUAUGGAACAUCUUCUAAUGUCCAUCAAAAAGCCAUGGAGAACGUUUCCUGGGAUUUUAAGGUGGGUGAGAGAUCUCUGAUAGAACUCUUUAGGACUGAAAGAUAAAUUUCAAAGUCAUGAUUGAACUUGCUUAUAAGCCACUGAGCAGCUGUCUGUAAAUUGGUCAAGAGAAAUCUAUUAUGUUGGAAAUAGACACAUCUCAUCAACCUGUUCCUCAAUUCCAUCUUUGAUGACUGCUGAAUUCAAGCUGGAAAAAUAUGUUUGAAAGGAUCCACAAAAGUGUAUCCAUUGAAUUGUCCAUUUUGGUCUCAUGUCCUAUCAGAAAGCAUUUUCAAAAAAGUAUGAGUGUCCUGUCUUUCAUCAUAUAAGUCUUAAGCUAAGAAGCUGAGCCCUCAUCUCAGCUGGUGAUAAUCCAAUUCUGUAUAUGAUAACCCCAGUGUACUCCUGUUACUAGAAAUGCGGCAGAAUGAUUGCAUCCUGUGGGUGGAUGCUGGAGGAAAAUGCGGUGCUGUAGCAUCUCUGCAAGGCUAACUAAUCUCCAGGAGAAGUUUUUUAAAAGGAAGGAGAGCAUAUCAGUAUGUUUAAACUGUUCUCUGAAUCCCGUGUUGUAUGCAGUUUAGUAAACAUAAUUGGCCUGAUCCAGCUAACAUGAAACAUGUC